AUAUACAAAUACACAUGUAUCUAUCUAUCUAUCUGAUCGUCAAAAUAUAUAUAUUCGUCUAAUUUAAUUCCGCCGCCGUAGAUCGCCAACCGAGCCUUUUCUAUAAACUUCACAUGGCGGCGGCGCCACCUCAAAGGUCACGGCGGCGGCUGAUGGUGGUGCUGUGGUCUGUUUUCAUCCUUGGACAGCUGGUGGAUUUCGCCGGAGCUCAAAAUAGUACCACCAACGCCACCACUGAUCCGGCUGAAGCAAGAAUCGUGAACAGAAUAUUCCAGCUAUGGCGUCGUCAAGCGACACGGGAUUGGAACAUUAGUGGCGAAUUAUGUACCGGUGUCGCCAUUGAUUCGACCGACCUUAACAACAUUAAUCCCGGGAUUAAGUGCGACUGCACGUUUAAUCGUAGCACCGUUUGUCGCAUUACUGGCCUGAGAGUUUAUGCAUUUGAGGAUAUCGUGGGCCCGAUUCCGGACGAGCUUUGGAGUUUGACUUAUCUCACUAAUCUGAAUUUGGGACAAAAUUAUCUCACCGGUCCACUUUCUCCAUCAAUCGGCAAUCUCACUCGCAUGCAAUACUUGAGUCUUGGCAUAAAUGCAUUAUCGGGGCCGGUUCCGAGGGAGCUCGGACUGCUAACUGACUUAAGAUCAUUGUCGUUUAGCACAAACAACUUCUCCGGGCCUUUACCAUCUGAGCUCGGUGCCCUAACAGAACUAACUCAAAUAUACUUCGAUAGUGCUGGAGUUAGCGGCCCGAUACCUCCAUCAUUUGCUAAUCUACGGAAAAUGGAGAGAGUGUGGGGUUCGGACAAUGCGCUGACUGGACGGAUACCGGACUUCAUCGGAAGUUGGACCAACCUCAUCCAACUGAGGCUUCAAGGAAAUUCAUUUCAAGGUCCGAUACCGGCAUCUUUUUCGAAUUUAACCGCUCUAAACGACCUGAGAAUAAGCGAGCUAGCUAACGGGAGCUCUUCACUAGACUUCGUCCGAAGUUUGACGGCUAUAUCGACCUUAGUUAUUCGGAACAGUAACAUUUCUGGUUCCAUACUGUCAUUUUUCGGCGAACUCCCGAGUUUAUCGUUCCUGGAUUUGAGCUUCAAUAAUUUAACCGGAACAAUUCCCGCAUCGCUUUUCAAUCGCAGCUCGUUAACUAACCUGUUUCUUGGUAAUAACAAGUUAACCGGUGGCCUUCCUGCCGGAAAGAGUCCGUCUCUCCGAACAAUCGAUUUAUCGUAUAAUGAAUUAUCCGGAAGCUUCCCUCCGUGGCUCAGCGGGCAAAACUUACAAAUUAAUUUGGUCGCCAACAACUUCACUCUCGAUAAUUCGAACACCAGUACUUUGCCUUCCGGAUUGAAUUGUCUUCAACGGAGUUUCCCAUGCAAUCGAGGCCGACCUAUGUAUUCAGAAUUUGCGGUUAAAUGUGGGGGCCCGCAAAUCCGAUCCUCCGACCAAACUAUAUACGAGGCCGAUACCGAAGCUCUGGGCCCCGCAAAUUAUUACGUGACCGAUUCUAGAAGGUGGGCCGUUAGCAAUGCGGGUUUAGCAGUUGAUAACAGUAAUUCAAGCUAUACAAGCUCGUCUGGAUCGCAAUUUACUAACACUCUAGAUUCGGAGCUGUUUCGAACGGCUCGUAUUUCGGCUGGUUCGUUGAGAUAUUAUGGUCUUGGCCUCGAAAACGGUAACUACACUGUCAGGCUCCAAUUUGCCGAGGCGCAGAUACAAGGUACUAAUACGUGGAGGAGCCUCGGGAGACGCGUUUUCGAUAUUUAUAUCCAGGGGAGUUUAGCCGUGAAAGAUUUCGAUGCACGAAGAGAGGCAAACGGGGUCUCGUUGAGAGCCGUGACGAUGGAAUUCCCCGUUCUAGUGUCGGAAAAUUAUAUGGAAAUUCAUCUUUUUUGGGCGGGAAAAGGUACUUGCUGCGUACCUGCUCAAGCUGUUUACGGACCUUCGAUUUCAGCUAUAAGUGCAAAAUCAGAUUUUCCCUCGACUGUUUCGAACAAUCCUCCGGGUAGUAAGAAGAAUCAUACCGGUCUGAUUGUCGGAAUCGUUGUUGCGGUUGCGUUCGUUAGUUUUCUCUCUCUAGGUGCUGUGUACUAUGUGUACCGGAGACGGAAAAAACAGAGAGAUUUCGAGGAUGAAGAGUUGUUGGGAAUCGACGCACGGCCUUACACGUUCAGCUACGCCGAACUUAAAGGUGCGACGAACGACUUCAAUCCUUCGAAUAAGCUCGGAGAGGGAGGAUUCGGACCUGUUUAUCAGGGAAUGCUCGGCGACGGAAGAGCAAUAGCUGUUAAACAAUUAUCGGUGGCGUCGCAUCAAGGAAAGAGCCAAUUUGUGGCGGAGAUCGCUACGAUUUCUGCGGUGCAACACCGUAAUUUAGUGAAAUUGUACGGAUGUUGCAUUGAGGGAGAUAAAAGGUUGCUCGUUUACGAAUAUCUCGAGAACAAGAGUCUCGAUCAGCUAUUAUUUGGAACUGGGAAAAGUAGUCUAUAUCUCGAUUGGCCAACGCGUUACGAAAUUUGCUUGGGGGUGGCGAGGGGGCUCGCUUAUCUUCACGAAGAAUCUCGAUUGAGAAUUGUUCAUAGAGAUGUGAAAGCUAGCAACAUUUUGCUCGAUUCCGAUCUUACCCCUAAAAUUUCGGAUUUCGGCUUGGCCAAAUUGUAUGAUGAUAAAAAGACUCAUAUUAGCACCCGAGUUGCCGGCACCAUUGGGUAUCUAGCACCGGAAUAUGCUAUGCGCGGACAUCUUACCGAAAAAGCCGAUACAUUCGGAUUUGGAGUCGUAGCUCUAGAAAUCAUUAGCGGAAGAACGAAUUCCGAUUCGACUUUGGACGAGGAUAAGAUGUAUCUUCUCGAAUGGGCAUGGAAUCUACACGAAAACGGAAGGGAAAUCGAAUUGGUGGACCCCACGCUACAACAAUACGACGUGAACGAAGUAAAAAGGAUAAUCGGGAUGGCGCUUUUGUGCACGCAGGCAUCCCCGUCACUACGUCCCGCCAUGUCACGCGUUGUGGCCAUGCUUUCCGGAGAUAUUGAGGUGGCUCCCGUAACUUCUAGACCAGGCUACCUAACCGACUGGAGGUUCGAUGACAUCACCGGCUCCUUUGUGACCAACACCAGUGGUUCGACUCCGAUCUCUGCUGAUGUCAGCCAUAUGAAUUCAACCACAAGCACUUCUGUUACGGGAACUUCGACGUAUUCGCCUUAUAACCCUUCGAAACCGAUGCUUCACGAGAUAAUUGGCGACGGCAGGUAAAACGAAUGAUGGGUGGUUUCUUGAUUUUGUGCAGUGUUUGUUUCUUUAUUGUGUGUUCGUGUUUGAUUAAAUAGAUUUUGUUUUUUCUUUACAGAGAUGAUUUGUUUUCGUAUAGAUUUUUAUUUUAAUUUUUUUCUGGGACCCAAAUUGAACAUAUAUUAAGUAUUGGAUAUUUAUUUGGAGAUUGUAUUUUAUUUUUGUUUUUUUCGAA